AUGAAGGAGGAAAAAGCGUUUCGGCUAGCAAGGCGGAUCCAGCAAAUGCAUGGCGAUAACGUCCAAGUUUUUGCUACUAAUUACACCUACGUCAUAGAAGACAUUACACGCUACCGACUACUUCGUCGUAUUCUAGUGACAGAAGAGAAUCGCAUUACCACACCAGCAUUCUUCUGGCAAGACGCACUGCCCUACUUUUCACUUGAAGAUAUCGCUCAAGCUACGAUACAUUGCCCUCCUGAAUUGUUCAGCAAAGAUCCCAGCAUCUAUCCUGACCUUUACCGAAUUUACUACUACCCCGACCGCCGAGAUCCCAAGCUUUUUAAGUACGUUCCUGAAGGACACUCGGAUGCUCUAGAGCAUGCUCGAACAAUUAUUAAAAUGGACAGGAAAAGUUGUGCUGCAACAAUUAAGAUGUUUUUUAAGAAUGAGCGCGAAAGAAAUCCAGCCCUUUUCGUUUAUCUAGAAGAGAGUUUACAGAUCGCUCUGCAGGUUACCACCCCCGUAGCCUUUUACCCAAUGAAUUCAGGUACAUUCCUCGGAAUGCUUGCAGACAAAACCUACCGGAAACUAUACAAUCACACCAUCGCCAGCGGAACCUCAAAUAUUGAAACCCCUCACAUUCAAAUCAAAAAUGACUUCCGCAAUGCCUAUUUAAAUGCUGGAAAACCAUACCAACUAAGACCUUUCUUUUACUACUACAAUGCAGCUUUAAAGCUUAGCGCGAACAACCAGAUGGAUGCAAUAACUGCUCAACGGACCGUGGAUAGCAUCUUGAGCGACUACCGGCUUCAUAAAAAAUUUCAAGCGAAUUUUCAAGUGGGUUACACAAAAUUGGGCGCCACCGCCAACCCCACCCAACAGUUUCAUUAUGGCAAGUGCGAUCCCUGCUUCCAAACUCUUGUGCAGUACCUAAGCCAGAAUUUUUUCCAUUACGAAUACCAAGAACCUGCUUCAGAAAAAUCUUCCACCACACUCGCCCCAAUCAAGCUCAUUAGCAAACCGAAGACAACCACUAACCUCAACACUGACGACGAAGAAUUUCCUGAUGAUUGGACCGACGAGGACAGUUGUGCAACCACACAAAUAACCAAUCAAACCAACACUUUACUCACAGAACUCAAAAAAGAAAUUAACCAAGCACUAAGUGCUCAAAAUAAAGGGAAAAGAACUCAUGGCGAUCAGGCUGACUUCGACAAUCAAACUUUCGCUAAAAUCGACAAACAGCUCGAGCAGCCCGAUCACACAACCACCCGAAAUAAACACUUCAUUCAAAAUGAAUACCUGCUUGGUGAUGACUGCCCAGGAGAAUCUCAUCCAAGCAAAGGCAAGGAUAAGGAGAGCAGAGCAGCAAAACGCUUCUACGACUACCUAGACCCAAAACAGAUCUACAAAAAAAACAACAAGGAAAGGAAAACCUCGUACAACCAAACCAGUUAUGCAAUAACCUUGCUCAAUCACCCCGACCCCACGCCGCAAGAAAUCUGUGCCAAUCCCAAUUUGGCUGACAUAAACCCGCAUUUACAACCCUCUAUCCAGCCCGGACAGCAACAGUGCUUGCAUAUUAAUCUAACGAAUGUUCUCAACAAUCACUUACCAGCUCCAACGAACAACACCUGCCUAAUAGACGCAGUUGCUCACGCCCUAAACGAUAACACUCAUGUGCAUGCACAAGCCAUCAGUGACGAAAGUCCGAUGCUAACAAAUAUCGAACUGACCACCAUUGCUCAACAGUUGGGUUUUACUGCCCAAGUAAUUACUCUACACAGACACAAUGACGUGCUCAUCAAUGCAGGUCAAGAGCUCAUCCUUGGAUUUGGCUGGGUACCGCACCACUGGGUUUACCUCGGCCAAAUUGCCAAAUUACAUGGAGCUACCUCCACCCAUGAAUACCCUGACAUCACCAUUAACAACCUAGCCAGGAUAACUAAUGGUGCCUGGAAAUCAUACACCCCUAAGGCAAAGCGGGCUAAGCACUACAUCCGUGCCAUCAAGAAUAAGCAUACUGAAACUAUACACCACAUCCAGACCGAGAAUGACGAGAACAAAGGACAUGAAUUCGAUGCCAUUGUGGAAAAAACCCGACCAAAAAAAUCGGUUUACUAUGAUCCUAAUCCGGAAACCAGGCUCAAUGAUAAAAUGCCCGAAGUGCUCUACUUCAAAAAUCUAGCUAAACUUAGUCAGCAAGCCAUUACCCUUUACCCCGACUCAAACAGCGUCAGCACUGCUACGGAUAACAGCCAAAUUGCUUACACGUACUCCAACUCUCAAGUACUAACCUUAAAUUCAGAUUACGGCAUCAUGAUUAAUGAGUAUGCUUCUGUUAUCAAGACCAUCAAGAGGGGUGACCAUUUCGCACCACAAGUUCACAAUUAUCUAGCUAAAAUGCUCCCCAACUGCCGAUUUCAAGUAGACACCGAUGGCACCAGUGUCCGCGCCAGAGAGCUUCAACGAUACUGGCAGUACCUGUUUGAACAUGAAAUCAUUCCAACACCAGCAGUACAAAUCACCGUCAAAGAACCCGAGCCACAACCUGCUAACACCCCAACCAAAUACUUCAAUGAUGUUGAUGACACCGUCUCGUUUGAUCACUCAAUCUACGGGGCGUCCCUGCCUAGAAUCAAAAUUGAUCGUGUGGCCGGCACUAUCGAUUACAACUUUAAAGGCAACCCUUACCUAAAUGAAUAA